AUGACAAUCAUUAAGAAGCACGUCGUAAUCAUUGGCGCCGGAAUCUCUGGCCUCGCCGCAGCUCACGAGCUGUCCAAACAUCCCUCCUCGAUUCAGGUGACCGUCCUUGAGGCGAGAAAUCGCAUCGGUGGUCGGCUUGACACCCAUCGGAAUUUAGUCCAAGGCGAGCACGAGGACAUCCCUAUCGACUUUGGCGCGUCCUGGAUUCACGGAGUCGACCCCUCUAACCCCAUUGUCUCCCUUGCCGAGACUGCGCAGGCCCGUCUCGAGGCCACCAACAGUGAUGUCAUCUACCAUCACCCCGGGCAGCCCGCCCUCAAGCAGGACGAGAGUAAUCACUACUGGGCCGUCCUCUGGGAGAUCUUUGGCAAGGCCCAAGAGUUCUCGCGCGACAACCGGAAUCGCAUCUCAGUCCACACCUCCUUCAGGAAUUGGUUGGACCACUACCUCUCGACUCGCCAGAGCAGGGAUCCCGCCCUGCCCAACUACAUGUCUCCCAGGGAGCGCAAGAUCAUCCCCUUGCUGGCCCAGUUCUGGGCGGACGAGAACGCCAUCGCCCUUAACAAGGUCUCGCUUAAGUACAUGGAUGCCGAGAACAUGCCUCCCGGUGACCACUGCAUCAUGGCCAAUGGCUAUGACCGCGUUCUUGACGUCCUCUGCGAGGAGAUGAAGUCAGUUCCCAUUCUUUUGGAACACGUUGUUAGCCGCAUCGAGUACAAUGAGUCAAGUGUCAAGAUUUCGACCAACAAGGGCGUCUUCACUGCCGACGUGGUGCUGGUCACCCUCCCUCUCGGUGUCCUCAAGUCUGGCUCCGUGACCUUCUCGCCUCCCCUCCCCGAGAGGAAAAAGACCGCGAUCAAGCGUCUGGGCUUUGGCACGAUGGUCAAGGUUGUCCUCUAUUUCCCCACCUGCUUCUGGCCCAAGGAUAAGCAUUUCAUCAAUUUCUUACCUAUACCCUCGAGUAUACCCAAUCCCAAGCUCUGUCGCCAUCUUAAUGAGCGACAGAUGGCUGCCCUGACGACCUACAUGAACGAUCUGGCCAACUACACCUCGCUCAUGCCCGUCCACAACGCGCCUAUCAUGAUUGCCUAUGCCGCCAACGAGUCGGCCGAGGUCUUUGAAAAGCUAACGGAGCAAGAAGCCAUGGAGGUCCUCGUCUGCCAACUGUCGCACUACUUCCCCAUCCUCGUCAAGGAUCCCGCCAACUCGCGUCCCACUCGUGUCUUUAUGACUCGCUGGAACGCUGAUCCUUAUGCCCGCGGCUCGUACACCAGUAUCCCAGUUGGUGCGCACCAAUCCGACCUUUGCGAGUUUGAGAUCCCUGUUGGAGCCCGAUCGGUCGCCGUUCUUUCCAGCAGCGAUCACGUGGAGACCGAGGACAAAGUUGAUGCCUCCUUUGCGCUCAAAGCUGCCGCCAGGAAACACCAGAUCAUGAUGAUGUCCUACGAUAAGCGGAAACCCAGCGCCAAGAGCGGGCUUGUGACCUAUGCCGCUCUUGGCACCAGCCCUAAGGAUUCGAACGAAGGGUUCCCUGGACACCCCAUCAAGGGUUGCCUUCUGCCCUCUCAGGACUAUGAAAGUGUCCACACUAUCAGCUUGGCGACCGACAAUCUCAGUCUUGCCAAGAUGACUGGCGAGAACCCUGCCAGUCACCGUGCCAGCGGAAGUCGACCUACCAGUCAUCCUCGCAUCGGUGGAAUGAGCGAGGUCGGUCAUCGUGCCAGCAUCCCUGGAGCAAUUGAUAUCCCCAUGCAUCACCACCACCGUCGUCAGCAGUCGAUCGACACAGGACGCGCCCACUAUCGUGGCGGCUUUGACGACGCAAUCGAAAUUGCUGUUAGCUCUGGCGGCGCUGGUGGAUCGGUCAUUGGAGGGCUCGUUGCUGUUGCCACGGCCAAUUAUGAUCGGAAUCGCCUCCACAGCCAUCACGUUGUUCACCGUCGUCAUAGUGUUCAAGAUCAGGUGAACACCAGUCCCGCUGGACUUUUCCUUUCAGAGCUGGUCGAGCCUUUGAUGUCGUCCUUCCCUGCUGUUUACCACACCAAGGGAGGUUCACCCUACACCUCGCCUCCUUCGAUCAGGAAGAAACAGACGACCCCUCCUACCGCAAUUACGGUCGUCAAAACGAUCGGAGUGAAUGAUGCGACAAAGGGAAGGAUUUAUUUUGCGGGAGAACACACCACUGCCACCUCCUUCGCCAGUGUCCAUGGUGCAUUGAUGACUGGCCGACGCGAGGCAGCUAAGAUUAUCUCCCAAACGUUUUAG